UAUACAUACCUGUGGUUGCAUAUAUAUAUAUAUACGUACGGUAGUGGCGUGUAGCGUAGUUUUAUUGCAUCUUGCGUCAGUUGAGUCAGUUUAACUGUGCUUUUGAGGUUGUCCCGGCUAUCGGUGCCUUCACCUUAUUAAUCAUAAAGUGCAUCGAGUGCUAUUUUCAAAGGAUUGGAAAUAUAAAAAAAAAAAAACAAAUCAAGUAGCAUCAACUGUGAACUGUGAACGUAAAUGAGUGCAAUCGGGAAACAGAGCAUCGAGUAAAAACAAACGGCCAGCACAUCAACAGCAACCGAAAAUCGGAGCACGCCGAUGGCUAGCACACGACACGAACGACAGUGGCGGCGACGGUGGUGAUUCCAACGUACAGCGGGAGAUUCAAACGAACUGCAAGACUAGUAGAACACUGUACAGGGGGUGCAUUGCAUCAUAUACAAUCAAUUUGUUGUAUGGAUAGUGCAAAUGUUUGGUGUUUUGUGUCAUUAUCAUUGAUAAUUGUAAUAUUUCUCAAUCGAGGUUAUGAUUUGUGUAUCUUGUGCAGUGGCAACUGAGUGAGACAUCGCACGUUAUAUUAUACAUCCGAACCGGCUGAGCAAGCCAGCCAAACGAAGAGGAAAAAGCACAAGAGAGGAGGAUAAUGCACACGCGUAUAUAGAGGUACCUUUGAAACCCCCACAUUGCAUGCACAUCAGCAAACACGGAGCAGCUCGAGAACUGCUUCCCGAGCCGCGACUGGACUGACUGGCUCGGCUGUUGCUUUUGCGUCGUGGUUGCGAAGAUGACAUGCUCGCGAGCCGCUCCUGUUCUCUUGUGAGGCUAUCGCGACUCCUUUCUGCAUCAGUUCUAGUGUCACUGUCUCCUAAUAUCAUUCGGAACAACGAGUGCCAUGGCCCUGAUGCAGUUCUGAACGAUUACGCACUGCCCACCCGUGCAGUUCUCGAUAGCUGCUCUCCACAACACUACAGUUCAGAGAGUACUGCUCCGAGGUUUGUUUACCUAUACUCUGCGCCUCGUCAGCUGAUUUCUGCUCCGAUUUGACGCCGAUCUACUACUGUGUGUGUGUGUGCAUAUACUUAUAUAGUACAUAUAUACAUAAGUCAGCCCUCGUGUAUGUGUAUUAUUAUAUAUGUAGUACCUAACUGCCGUUGACUUUGGUGGUCAUCAUCAGAUCUGUACACUGCAGCAUCCGUCAAUCAUAAAACCACCUGUGACGACUAUAGGUAUUUUACACAAGAGGCUGUAUACAUAUAUAUUAUACAUUUGGAGGGAGAAAGCGUGUAACUCCAUGUAGAUCCGUCAGUUCAAUGGCUAACGCGCGGUGGAUUUGAAAAAGCGUUAUAAAAAACGAAGAUGGUUGUACAUUGUUUUACCAAUUAUUUGAGUUGAUUUUUAAAAUUCGGUGCGGCAACUCUUUUUCUUUUUAGCCAAGUCAAGUCCCCGCAAUCAGCUCAAUUAUAUUUUUGUACCGAUACACAUGUCGGUGUAGGUGCUUGCAGAAACAACAGAUUACAGAAAUCUAAUCUUUUUUUUUUUUUUUUUUUUUCACUUUACACGCGCUUCAAAGAGUCAACCUACACUGCCACAGGUGAAAUUGGUAAAGGUGAUCAUUGCACGAGUGACAACAAAGCAAAAUAACCGACGAAAUACCUACACUACACGUUUGCCCAAGUCAUGAUUGUUAAUAAUAUUAAUAAUAUUAAUGAUGAUGGUAAUGACUAGAAGUGAAACGAAAAUGAUGUUCCUUCCCAACUGUACGCGUUUGUGGGACAGUGAAGUGCAGAAAUACCGAAAUCUCGUUCGUUACGAUGUCUCACUGACUUCUUGCAGCUAGCAAUGACCGCGCAAAGUGACUGUGCAGCAACUGGUUGUAGUGAAUCCGUGAUGAAUUAAUAGAAUAUAGAGUACUUAAGAAGAAGAAAAACAAAAACCAAGUCAAGUGUCUUGCGUGUACAAUACCAUCGGCUGUUGCCAAGACUGCCUGCCAGUACCUGUAAAAACUAAUAAAAAAAAAACUUGCCAGAGAAAGAGACUGCCAAAGUAAAAAAGGAAGUAGAAUAAAAAAAAAAAAAAAAAAAAAUCGAAAUGCUGAGCCUGAAGAAGUUUUACGGCGACGAGCUGCUGCAGCUGGCGCUCCUGCUGUCUCUGCUGCGGGUGGACCCGGACUCCUACCUGGGCCUGGACAUCCAGACGAUCCGCGUGGGCUCGCUCGGCCUGAACAGCGGCUCGGGCUGGCACACGGACGCCCGGACCAUCGUCCACCGGCCGGUUUACGUCCACCCGAAGAACCUCGACUCGCUCCUGUUGAGCUACGAGAGGGACCUCUUCGAGGACUUGAACGCCCUUGGCCGCUACAACAGAAUAAACUCCGCGCACAACGACAUACACGCGUACCUGCUCAACGUCAACGACAAAGCCGGGACGAGCACCGAGGCCACGAUCGACGACGCUGGGAAUGACACCUCGCCGAACCCACCCCAGACCACGCAGACGCCCCUCCUCGACGCGGACCCGCAGCUCAGCCCCGCUUCCUCCGUCGAGCUCACCCAAGAGGACAUGGACCUCAUAGAGGUGCUGUGGAAGCAGGACGUGGACCUUGGAUUCACGCUGGUCGAUCCGGUGGUGCCGGCCAAAAGUGCGGCCACCUCGUCGAAAAAGGAGUCCGAGGAUGACAUCGAGAAGCUCAAAGCUCUCGAGGCCAUCAAUGCGUCCAAUGACCAAUUGAAGGAAGCUAAAGAAGUCAAGGAAGAGCCGCACAAGGACGACGACCCAUGGGCCGGACUCCAGUACACCAUUGAUCUGGAAACAGGCGAGUACAUCAUCUGCGCGGGAAGCAGCGGCUGCUCGUCGGCGUCCCCCGAGUCAUCCCCGGAGCAGGGCGAGGCCGCGAACGAGGCGGAAAGGAAGAAGAGAAGGAGCAAAAAGAGCCACGACAAGCCGGCAGGAGCGGAGGAGGAGGAGGAGGAUCAGCAGUUGCUGACAGCCGCGGAGGCCAGCCUGAGCGAGCUGGUCGGCUUUGGUGGCGAGGACUCGCUCGACCUCGGCCUCGAGGAUGACUUUGCCGCUGAACUCCUGCUAGGCGACGGCUGCCUCUUAGACGACGACUACCCACCCGUAAACGCUUUCCUGGGCAACGACUCGCUCGGCCUGCCCGACGGCUUCAACCUCGAGGAGGCGCUCCAGCUCGUCGGCCUCGAUGAGGCUCAGCUCGAGAAAAAACAACUCGACGUGAAGAAGAAGAAAAAAAAGUCGAGGAGGAAGAAGAGGAGGAGGAGGAGGGGCAGCGGCGCCGGUGAGGAUCCGCGAGCCUCGACCGGGGAAGACGACGAGGACUACGAGAGCGGCAGUUCCGUGGCGACCAACAUGCUUCACCAUCAGCACCCGACUCAGUACCACCAUGCCCACCACUCGCACCCUCACCGAUUUCAGAGCCGCAUGUCGCCAUUCAUGCGCUCAGAUAUAUCGCCCUUUUUCAUGGCUGGGGCUGGUAGCGAGCACUACACCCAUCCGGGCCACCAUCACUACUACCACCCGAACCACUUCAGCUACCCGAGUCAUCAUGAGGCAGCAGCAGUGGCAGCGGCGGCUGCAGCCUCGGGAGCGACUCCGCCUGGGGUAUUGCUCAACAAUGCCACCCUUCCGCCGCCCGUUGGUGACAACUGCACCGGUAGCACCAGCUACCACAAUCACGCUGGACCGGCCAACCUGGGACUAGCCGUGGCGACGUCGAUGCACCUGACCAACAGUAGCGAGCCCAUGGGUGCGGGAUCUUCCACUGCAAUCGACUAUAAAACCGAACCGAGCGACAUUAAUUAUUACGCUAAUUCUAGCGUCGACACAAUGAACCAGAGCGAAUCUUUUUUCACAACUUUCAUCGAUGAACAAUUGUGGAGCGAAGAUCUUGCCUUCAAUGUCAGCGACGGUGCGUACGGCAGCGCUGGAUCGUCGGCGGGUGCGGUUGGAGCAAGCAACGGUGCGACGGGCUUGCCAGUUGGAGGCGUCCACCAGGGCGCAGAACCAGUGGUAGGGGUGAAUGGUCUCGGGUCCACCGGAGCUGGUCCGAUGGUCCAGUCGACGGUGGUGGCGGCGACAACGACGGCGGCCGCGGCGACGGCGGCAACGACAGUGCCGGGGCCCACGGCUGGGGCCACGGGUAGCCUACUGGGCGCGACGGACGAGCGCAUGGACGCGUCCAGCGACAGCGCGGUCAGUAGCAUGGGCAGCGAGCGCGUACCCUCGCUCAGUGACGAGUGGAUGGAGACCGGCUCCAACUCCAGCCACACGCAGGCUGACUCACACUACGCGAUGGAUUACGCGGCUGCCGCCGCCGCUGCCGCUGCCUCUUCUUCAGGGAAGUACCGACUGCCGUACGAUUGCGGCUAUUCGCACCAGCCAUCGAGCGGGCGACACUCAGUGCAGCGUAGCUCCUGCCAUCAGACAGUAGCGGCGGCUGACCGGGGCGGCUUGGUGCCCGUCGCCCAGAAGAAGCACCACAUGUUUGGGAAGCGCUGCUUCCAGGAGCAGGGUCCGAUGAGCGGUUCACCGACUGGUACCGCGGCCGCGACGCUCAAGUACGAUUACGAGGCUGGCCAGGGCGCGGUGGCAGCUGGGCCCCCCGGGCUCGCCUACAGUGGCCCCAUCGAGGGUGCCAGUGGACUACAGUCGGAGAUCAAGUACAGCUGCAGUAUUGACUUUGCCAGGCACCAACCAUCAGUGCGUUCGGGCUUGGAGCACGUGCAGCACAACCACACGUAUCACAUGCCACCAGAGAGCUCCGGAUCCUUGCAGAGGCCCGUCUCUCGCGACAAAAAAGCAGGGCGCAGCAGUGGAAGCAAAAGCGAAGCCGACGAGCACUUGACGCGAGACGAGAAGCGGGCGCGCGCCCUCAACGUGCCGAUCGCCGUGAACGACAUAAUAAACCUUCCGAUGGACGAGUUCAACGAGCGUCUGAGCAAGUACGAUCUGAGCGAAGCUCAGCUCUCGCUGAUCCGUGACAUUCGGCGCCGCGGCAAGAACAAGGUGGCCGCGCAGAACUGCCGCAAGCGCAAGCUCGAUCAAAUAAACUGCCUGAGCGACGAGGUCAAGGAGAUGCGCACCCGCAAGAUGCGUCUGCUCAGCGAGCGCAGCUACAUUGACCAGGAGCUCAGGCGCGUCCACGACAAGUACAGUCGCCUCUACAAGCACAUCGUCGACGAGCUGACUCGGCGGAACGGGCCACAAUACUCCUCGGGUAUAACCCUGCAGCAGACGGCCGAUGGCAACAUAAUCGUGCUCGAGCGCUCAACGCAGGGAGACGGCCACUACAUGCCCGUCAGGCUUGACCAUCAACCGAGAACGGGUGCUAAACCAGAGAACCAAACAGCCCUCCAGCCACAACAUCACCAUCAUCACCAGAACCAUCACCAGCACAAUCAUCAUCAUCACCACCACCAGGAGCACAAGGAGUGAUUUACCGAGCCGCAUCGUGAACUCGUAUCAUCGUCUGACUCGGCUACACUCAUAUGUUGGGAGGCCUUUAAUAUAAAUUUGUAUAAUACAUAAGUUUCGAAACUUCUGAAUCUACCAUCAAUGAAAGACACGUGGUUUACAUAUAAUAUUAUCUCUUACGCAUGGGAUCAUCAUCAUUUUAUCACCACACCACGCGAUGUGGUGAAAACGCGCACCCGCUUUACCAUUGACGUAUUUACUAAUUAAAGUCCCUCCAAUGUACCUGUGGCUAUGACAUGUUUAAAUAUAUAUAUAUAUAUACCAUACACGCACAUACAGACAAUAGGUAAUGACUUCAUUGGUUGUAUCUAUUUGUGAUGUGAUCGCCAGUUAAAAAUACAGGAUGAUCAAAUAUUUGAACUCUAGAGCAUAUUGCUGCAACCAUACAAAUUUACCACCUCAUAUAAAAUUACAUCGAGUUCAAAUCCCAAUAUGCCGUUAUGUGUUACCACUCGUAUGGGGCUAUGCAUAUAUAUGCAUACUAUACCCGAUUGACGUCGCCGCUACCUAUAAUUUACGUUACUUAUCAGUUUGCCGAUGUCGCUGUCGGUGAAACCGAAAGGAGAGAUAAAAAAUCUACUUUAAAAGAUGUACAUACCUACUUUAAUACAACUCAUAAAUCUACACAUACACUACGCAAUCGCAUCGGGAUGUUUUUUAACUCAUAAAAUGCCCGUCAUACUCGCCGUCAUCAAUACCGAUCAAACAUACGCAUAUGAUCGAUUUCAUCGGAACUGACGGCUGGGGCUUUAUUUGGUGCAAACAUGUUAUUAUGAUUAAUACGUACAAUUAAGUAUAGCAUAUAUAUAUUUAUUUGCCAAGGAGAGAAUUAGGAGGUAGAAUAAUAGCUCAUUAUGUAUCUGUCGAGUUUUUGGUUAAAAAAAAAGAAAAGAAAA